UCUCUCAUCUCUCCACCUCUCUUAGCACCAUUUCCUCCAGAAAGACGGAGAGUGCAAGGCAAACGUGUGUUUCUGCUGCCAGUGCAUAUGACGAUUCAAAAACAAUUCCUCAAUGCAAAGUCCAUCACAAACUGUUUUGCUUGCUCAAAGGGAACGCAAGAUGAGUGGUGAACUAAUAUAAAAAAGAAAUCCUCACAGCGUCACAAAAACCUGGGCAAAAGAGACUCUUAUAAAUCGAUCAAUGGCCUCAGGCUCCCCAAUUUCCUUUGGGAUUAAUAAGGUAUCUGCCUGGUAUCUUUGAGCGCUCAAAAGAAACAACCAAAAUGAGCAUCCCAACUAGUUUCAAGGGACAUGGGCUUGUUGAGAGAGCGGAAAAGAUGGCAAACAAAGCUCCAAUCCAAUUCCCUGGCACUGGCGAUGACAACGCCAAUCAAUUCACCUCUUUGAGUGAUCAAGGAGGAAUGUUAGAGGACACAGGAUGCAAUAAGACCUCACUCCCACCUUUGGUAUCACAAAGUGAAUCCCACGACAAGAUGAUCAUCUGGGGCUCUGAGCAGCAGUGUUCCGACGCGGGGUUCCGUGAGAUCGAGCUUGUGGAGUGUCCGGACAUACAUCCGUUCUUGAGCAACCCAAAUGAAGAAGAAGACGAAGAUGGGGGAAGCACAGGAGAAGGUAAAGAUGAGGGGCCAAUGUCGAUAUCCUCCAGUUCAACCGCCAGCUCGACUUCAACUGGGGUGAGGAGGAACGACAACGACAGCAACAAAGUGGAGAGCAGAAGUCGGAGGGACAAAGAGGAAUGGAGAAAGAAUACAUGUCGUAGUACAGAGCAAGUGGGAGGCUUGUCCGAAGAAGAGAACCCUAACGCGGGGAGAGGAGGGCUCAAGCAGUCCAAGUCGGAAACCAACGUGUUUGUCUCCAAUCUGGCCACAAUGAAUCUCAGUGGAAGUCUGUCCAGCACCCUGGAUUCUACUUUUAUCUGUCUGCCCAGCUCUAAGCCCGACAUUUGUUACGCUACCUCAGCCCAAGCUCCAAGAAGGCCACAUCAAGUAGAUGACAAGCCUCCACCAUUGCGCUAUCAGGAGAAACAAGAUCAAUGGCACAGUCAGGAUGAGACACAAGAUGAGAGAAGCCAGUACAAAAAUGGAUCAUCCUCUAAUGGUGGUGGUCUGGGCCAAAGACGAAGGGCUGGAUUUGAAGAAAGGGUUCUACCGCCAAGGCAACAACAGCUCGUCAGACCCCUUUGUCAGUCAGAAAUGGGUCGAGCUCAAAACCUAGCAGAGCUUGGCGGUCAGGCUUCUGAAGUUGGCCGAUCAACAUUUUCACAAAGCCAUACUCACACCGGCGCAAACAAAAAGCUUACAAAAUCAUCUCUACGUGAACCAUCCGAUUUUUCACACCUUUACAACACAUAUGGAGUCUUCCAAUCUAGACAGCCCAACCAGGAGGCCAAAAAGGAGGUUUUGUUAGUGGAAAAGCAGCAAGCUUCAGUGACAAAGACCUCCUCCAAAUCUUCCACCAUGGAGAGACAACCCCAGACUCAGUUCACCUACAGACGGAAUUGCUCCAGUCCCAAAAGAACAUUUACACCUCCCCAUUCCCCUCUCAGGACACCCCAGGGCUCACCAAACAGGCAGGCCUCAAUGUACCUCAUCUCAAAGGAUCCACGUAGAGGAGGACUUCAACACCACACCCCAUCAGGAGGAAGCCCCGAUAGAAAGGCACCAGCUCAGGGCCACGAUAUGAGAGCACCAGUUAAGACCAACCUAACAGGAAUCCCUCAAGCGCCUCUAAACAACCAGCAAAGCUCCCCCAACUCCAGCCCCAAAGACAGCUCUCCUUCACCCAAACUUAAACCCAAAGGAGUCCGUCCAAAAAUUAUCACUUACAUUCGGAAAAAUCCUCAACUGAAGCCUCAGGCUGUUGACGGACCUUAUCAGGUAUCGUCUUUACCAGCACGCUUGUCCACAUACGCACAUGGUACAGGUGCAACACCCAGUUCCUUCAAAGAUAUUCCGAAAGGCCCCUUUAAGCCUGAAAAGGAAACCAGAGGGGCACCAGUACUCAGUGCCUCCAACUUGCUUUACGACAAGUUCCACAAAGACAUGCAAACAAAUAUCUUCCCGUCAGGGGUGUUGAGUCGGAGUAUCCGAGCGCCGGGACUUACAAACACCGUCCCUCCGACGCAUAACCACAGCUAUACGGCGCCCCCAAAGCUGGCCAGCAAAACGGACGACUUCUACGGAGCACACUCUGAGGUCGGGAGAUCCGCCAGUUUUAAAGAGAGUUUUGCAGAUGACCCACUACAGCUUCGGACAGCUACUCAGACUGGAGGAAGCGGAAGUCUCUUGCGUUCUGGCAGAGGUUUACGUUUAGGCUUGGGAGCUGUGACCAGGACGGCUUCCGCCUCAGUCAAAGGCAAAGAAUCUAGUGCGAGUCAGAGGUCAACAAUCAGCCAACCGAUUCAACAAGCCUGCUUAGCAGCCAGCCAGAAGAGCCGCAAUACCGCAGCUGACGAUGAGGUUUUCGCCCCUGAGGCUCCGGCAUCGGCACAAGCACAGCCGGUAAACGGCAGAUCCCUACUUCCCAAAGCAAGUCAAUCAGGCCUCCGCGCCCCCGGCUUCAGCUCCACCCGUCUCCCCGUGGGUCGCCUGGCAGCUUUCGGCUUCGUCAGGAGUUCCAGCGUCUCCUCCGCGCACUCCAGCGACAGUGACCCCAACAGGGCGACUCACCGUCUAAGUGUGAGUGAGGACCCGCCUCUCCAUAGAGUGACCGGCGCACCUCCAUUAACGGAUCACCAGAGAGCUGCGCCAUGUCGCAGCAACAGCCUUCAACCUCCGUCUACCCCGGCACUACCGCGCCGAUACCUGCCCGCUCAACCAAGAAGCUCCCCUGGGGUUGGCAGGAAAGAGUUCCAGCGGAGUUCCGAGGUAACGCGCUCCCUCCCGUCCUCCCCAAAGAGGCUGGCAGUUGUUCCACCCAAACCUCAGUCACCAGUGCAGUCAGGUCAGCGAGCUGCAGGAGGACCAGCCCGGGGGUCUGCCCCCCCUGGCUCCCCUCGCCGCGUUCCUCCCCUGAAGCUGCAGCAAGAGAAGGAAGAUGCUCAGCAGAGAGAAGAAGAAAGGAAAGCACAGCAGAGGGAGAAGGAGGAGCAACGUGAGGAGCUGGAGAGGCUGCGCGGAUGCUGUGAGCGGCAAGAGAAGCAACUGAGGGCCCUUGAAGAAGAACUGAGGAAGACCUCUUUGGGUUUGGAAGCCUUCAUCGUCACUACUCAGCAUUACCGCCUCAAGAAUGAAACCGCAGAAGCGAAUGAAACAAACUUGCUCCAGGAAAUACAAAAGGUCAAAGAGCAACUGGUGUCCAACUCUGCAAACUGGGAAAGACUCAAACUGGAAAAGGCCGCCGUGGAAUCGGCAUUCGAUCGAGAGCUGCAGGAGCUGCAGGUGCAGCAGGAAACGGAACUGGCCGCCGUGGAGGAGAGCCUACGCAAGUGUCACUCGGCCGAGACGGAACACCUGAAGGCUGAGCAUCAGUCGCAAAUGGAGGAGCUCAGGACCCAGCAGCAAGAACAGGUGGAGGAGAUGACAGCUCACCACCAGGCAGCCAUUCAGGAGCUCAGAGAUAUGCAUAACAUCACCAUGGCAACACUGCAUGAGGAGCAUGCCCGAACCAUGAGAGACUUAAGGAAAGCUCACGAGCAACAGAAGAUGUUCCUUGAGGAGGAUUUUGAGAAGCUAAGGCUUUCUCUUCAGGAUCAAGUGGACACGCUCACUUUUCAAAACCACAGUCUGCGGGACAAAGCCAAACGCUUUGAAGAGGCGCUGAGGAAGAGCACCGACGAACAGAUACUUGAUGCCUUAGCGCCGUACCAGCAUAUUGAGAAGGAUCUAAAGAGCUUGAAGGAGGUUGUGGAAAUGAAGAACCAGCAAAUACACCAGCAAGAGCAGAAGAUCGCAGACCUGGAAAAAGUGGCCCAAAAGAAUGUGUUCCUGGAGGAGAAGCUCCAAGUUCUGCAGCAACAAAAUGAAGAUCUGACAGCUCGGAUUGAAAGGAACCUCACUUUAUCCAGACAACUGUCCGAAGAGAACGCCAACCUCCAGGAAUCAGUGGAGAAGGAGAGCACGGCGAAAAAGCGACUCAGUCAGAACAACGAGGAGCUGCUGUGGCGUCUUCAGACCAGCCCGUUGAUGUCUCCCUCGUCCUCGCCCCUCCAUCGCGCCUUCUCUACCUCCCCCAUCCCGUCAUCUCCACUGUUCUCAUCGUCACCUGCACCUCCACUGGGCUGCCACUCCCCCAGCCACUGCCAAGGCUGCCCCCAGCAGCCACAGUCCUCCUCGCCCUUCCACACGGUCAAUCGGAAUUACUCACCCGGCCCGGGCACACCCACCCACAGAUCGGCAACCAAUCAGAAUCACUCACCGGGCCCGUGCACACCCACUCAUAGAGCAACGGCCAAUCGCAAUUCGGUAGCCUGUCUCACUUUGCAGAGAUAAAAACUUAUUUGAUUUAAAAUAAUAAUACUCUCUCCUUGCCCUCGCCGAACGUGAAAUGUAUUCUGUUGUGUCCACAAUGACAUCUGAAAGUCUUAAACGCUUUGACACGCAAAGGUCAUUUUUACCCAACAUGCAAGAUGACUCAUUCCAAUGAAUUCACUUUCGGGAUCAACAGAGAGAGGAAGUGGCACGCGAGAACAAAUUCCUCCUGUGCCCAGAACGCAAAUGUAUUCUACGUUAAACACUCGCCCAUUGGGUUGAGUUCUGUUUUACGGAGCUAAAUCCCCAAACAAAGCGCCUUACUUCCGCCAUUUCACCAGCAAAAGUCAAUUUUUAUUCAAUAUUUGUCCUUUUGAAUUGGUUUAAGGGAAUUCCUCUGCCUCACCAAGAUAUAAUGGAUUGUCUUUCACUUACCAUGGAACCUCCAAUGUGGAACGCAAUCAAUUUUAGCACACUAAUAAUUCUUCCCAAAUGUCAUCAUUUGCGGUUUAAAAGUCAAAUAUUUGCAUAAAAACAUGAUUGGAUUUUUUUGCUUUGACUUGCAAACAAAAUCUUGACAUAUGAGCACUGAAUGAUGGCAGUGAACUCAACUCAGUCUGGAAAAUAAUAAAAAAUGGGGGGGGGGGGGGGGUAAUCGCUGGUUCUGAUACUACCUCUGAAAAAAAAAAUUUCCAGCUUCUUCCCCAUCUGUGUAAAAGAGGCUUCAAACCUAUUUGUUUUGCUACUUAAGCACGCAUGCACUGUGAAUGUCUUCCAGUCUUAUUAUUGCUGUGGUUUGUUUGCCUAUUUAUUGAGCUAACUUUAUGAGGGAAAUGAAUAGUACAGGGGAGAGAGAGUCUUGAAAUGAAAACAAUAAGCUAGAAACAGUGGAACCUCCAAAUUCAAACUUUUAUUUUGAAAAAUAAAUUCAUUUAUUUCAGCUUGAAAUAUUUGCUAUGAGAAAAUUGAUUAAGAGGUCAUAUUAAGUAGGGCUGCAAGAUUAUAGAAAUGGCUUCUCUCAAUCUAGAAAACAAUAUCAUGUUUAACUCAGCAUCGACUUGGGGAGUGAUAUUCUUCAAAUAACUAUUUCCUGAAAAAUUAGAACGCUCUUCAAAAUGUACAACUUUUUUGACUUUAGGGGCUCCACUGGCAGAACGUUAUACUUCAGUUUGUGAAGAUUAUUUUAAACUCUUCUUAAAAGAAUAUUUUAAAGGGAAAAAAACAGAUGUUUCUGCUUUAUCAGAACAUGUAUUUACCAGUAUAUGUUCUAAACUUUUUCAAAUUUCUCAAAUGUUAUCAUUCAGGGAAUUUCACUUCUUUCCAAUGUCUUUGUUUUAUAGCUUCUACUUGGUCCAUUUUUUUUUUCCUUAAGAAAAACAAAUGCAAUAGAAAUCAACCAGGAUUGUAAUGUACUCACAGGGUGCUCAUUGGGGCUGCUUUGACCAAGUCAUCCUGAUUUUCAAUCCGUUUACACCAAUGGUGUCCUGUUAAAGAGCGGAACAGGUAUUUAGUCUUUGCAUGAAAACAAAAUGCUGUAAAUAAACUUAUGUCAGAGAGAAUGAUGAGACAAAAGAGUUCUAUGAGGGCACUGGUCAUGUGUUCUUUUACAGCAGGCAGUGGGGGGGGGGGGAGACCUACACAUGAACUAAUGAUAAACAUUUGUUCAAUUGUUGCGAUUUAAAGAUUGUAAAAAAGUCCCCAAAAGAUUGCCCACUGCCGUGUUACAGCAUUUCGUGUUGCACUUUUCUUUUUCUCAAAACAAACUGUAAAGUUGACACUAAUUAGCCAUACCAGCACUUUUAAUAGCCAUGAAAAGCAAAGUAUGUCAUGACGAGGGACUACAAGGGUUUUUUUUUUCUACGGUUGGUAGACAGGGUUAAAGAGAGGAACGUGAACGGGAAAAAAAAUUUGUACAAAAACUGCCAGUCACUCAGUCACUGUGUUUUCAAAUAUUUACAAUUGUACUUCAGGGUCACUUCAGGUGUAAAAAGAAUACCGUUUACAACAACAGUUUGCAACAAUAACAGCUACAUAUAAUUUAAACAAGACCUGACCAGUGUGUCCUGUGGACAUCUGUAUCUCGCUCUGAAUGGGGGGGGAGGGAAAUGUAAUGUAUUUUCUACCAUUCACGUGAUUUGAUGAAACAACCUAAACAAUACUGCAUUUGUAGCAGCCAUUUAAUGUCAAUAUGUAGCACUUAGAAUGAGACAAGUCAUAAUUGUCUUUUACACAAGGGUUGCAUUUGUAAAUUGUGUUUUGUUUGAAAGCACUAUUUGGCUUUUUGUAAUUUUUUUCCUCAGUCAUUUAAUUUCAAGGUAAAUGACACCAUUUGGUCCUGAGAGAAUGAAUGUGUUUGUUCUGGCUCUGAUUGUAUGUUUGAAUGUAAAUACAUUUACCACACAACUUGUGUCUUAGUGCACCAAGAAAAUAAUAGAAGCAUGCUUUGUCAGUCUUUGCUAUUUCUCUGCAUUGAACUUCUAGCAUUGUAAUGGUCGACAUGUAGUUCUAAAGUGUGGCAGACCAACUUGAUGAAUGUCAUUUGAAGACAAAUGUAUGUAUGUAUAUGUUUGGAAAUUGGUCCUGCGCUUAUCAACCUCCGUUGUGUUAGAAUAGCUCUCACAAGAAUUAAAGUUUACUUGAACAUUC